AUGGAGAGAGCGAUGGAGCAGCUCAACCGCCUGACGCGCUCGCUGCGCCGCGCUCGCACCGUGGAGCUGCCCGAUGAUAAUGAAACUGCUGUUUAUACAUUAAUGCCAAUGGUUAUGGCUGAUCAACACAGGUCUGUUUCUGAACUACUAUCAAAUUCGAAGUUUGAUGUCAAUUAUGCUUUUGGACGUGUGAAAAGAAGCUUGCUUCACAUUGCAGCAAAUUGUGGAUCAGUGGAAUGCUUGGUUCUGCUAUUAAAGAAAGGAGCAAAUCCUAACUAUCAAGAUAUUUCAGGCUGUACGCCCCUUCAUUUGGCAGCUAGGAAUGGGCAGAAGAAAUGCAUGAGUAAAUUGUUAGAAUACAGUGCUGAUGUCAACAUUUGUAAUAACGAAGGUCUUACAGCAAUACACUGGUUGGCUGUGAAUGGGCGGACAGAACUACUCCAUGACCUUGUGCAGCACGUCAGUGAUGUCGACGUUGAGGACGCGAUGGGGCAGACAGCGCUGCAUGUGGCCUGCCAGAAUGGUCAUAAGACGACAGUGCAGUGCUUGCUAGACAGUGGUGCAGAUAUUAACAGGCCAAAUGUAUCAGGAGCCACUCCAUUGUACUUUGCAUGCAGUCAUGGUCAAAGAGACACAGCACAAAUUCUUCUGUUACGAGGAGCCAAAUACCUGCCAGAUAAAAAUGGAGUAACCCCUCUGGAUUUAUGUGUACAGGGUGGAUAUGGAGAAACCUGUGAGGUAUUAAUUCAGUAUCACCCUAGGCUUUUCCAGACAAUUAUUCAAAUGACACAGAAUGAAGAUCUUCGAGAAAACAUGGUAAUGAUACCUAAAUAUAACAUAGAGGAAGAUUUUAAUGAACUUGGCAAAAUAACUCUUAUCCUGUCUAGCAGUUAUGAUGCUCAAAUGAAGAGCCUUUUAAGGAUUGUGAGGAUAUUUUGUCAUGUCUUUCGAAUUGGUCCAUCCUCCCCCAGUAAUGGAAUCGAUAUGGGCUACAACGGGAAUAAAACUCCAAGAAGCCAGGUGUUCAAGCCUCUGGAAUUGCUUUGGCACUCGUUAGAUGAAUGGUUAGUUUUAAUAGCCACAGAAUUAAUGAAAAACAAGAAGGACUCAACGGAUAUCACUUCUAUUUUACUGAAACAAAAAGGCCAAGAUCAUCAAGAUGGUACUUCCAUUCCUCCAUGUGAACCUCCAGGACCUGAGAGCUAUGAAAAUCUAUCCACUGGCACAAGGGAAUCUAAACCAGAUGCUCUUGUGGGGAAACAGGAAGCCAAUGCAGAUUGUCAGGAUGUUAUUUCUAUGACAGCUAACCGGCUAAGUGCUGUCAUUCAAGCUUUUUACAUGUGCUGUUCUUGUCAGAUGCCUCCGGGAAUGACUUCACCCCGUUUCAUUGAAUUUGUCUGCAAACAUGAUGAAGUUCUAAAAUGCUUUGUUAACAGAAAUCCCAAAAUUAUAUUUGACCACUUUCACUUUCUCCUUGAAUGUCCUGAGUUGAUGUCGAGAUUCAUGCAUAUCAUUAAAGCACAGCCAUUUAAAGAUCGUUGUGAAUGGUUCUAUGAACAUUUACAUUCAGGACAACCAGAUUCAGACAUGGUCCACAGGCCAGUGAAUGAAAAUGAUAUCUUGCUGGUUCACAGAGAUUCUAUUUUUAGGAGUAGCUGUGAAGUUGUGUCAAAAGCAAAUUGUGCAAAAUUAAAGCAAGGGCUUGCUGUUCGGUUCCAUGGAGAAGAGGGCAUGGGUCAAGGUGUUGUGCGUGAGUGGUUUGAUAUUCUAUCUAAUGAGAUAGUCAAUCCCGAUUAUGCCUUGUUUACCCAGUCAGCUGAUGGAACAACUUUUCAGCCUAAUAGCAACUCCUAUGUAAAUCCUGAUCACUUGAACUAUUUCCGUUUCGCUGGACAGAUUUUGGGAUUAGCUUUGAACCAUAGGCAGCUGGUCAAUAUUUACUUCACAAGAUCAUUCUACAAGCAUAUUCUUGGUAUUCCUGUAAAUUACCAAGAUGUGGCAUCCAUUGAUCCAGAGUAUGCCAAAAAUUUGCAAUGGAUUUUAGAUAAUGAUAUUAGUGAUCUGGGUCUGGAGCUAACUUUUUCUGUUGAAACAGAUGUAUUUGGAGCAAUGGAAGAGGUACCUUUGAAACCUGGAGGUGGAAGUAUUCUUGUGACACAGAAUAACAAAGCAGAGUAUGUCCAGCUUGUUACUGAACUUCGAAUGACAAGAGCCAUUCAGCCUCAGAUCAAUGCUUUUUUACAAGGCUUUCAUAUGUUUAUUCCACCUUCCCUCAUACAACUUUUUGAUGAAUAUGAAUUGGAAUUACUGCUUUCUGGCAUGCCAGAAAUUGAUGUGAGUGAUUGGAUAAAAAAUACAGAAUACACAAGUGGCUAUGAAAGAGAAGACCCAGUUAUUCAGUGGUUCUGGGAAGUUGUAGAAGAUAUUACUCAAGAGGAGAGAGUUCUUCUCUUACAGUUUGUUACUGGCAGUUCCAGGGUUCCGCAUGGUGGGUUUGCUAAUAUCAUGGGUGGCAGUGGAUUGCAGAACUUUACAAUCGCUGCUGUGCCGUAUACUCCAAAUCUUCUACCGACGUCAAGCACAUGCAUCAACAUGCUCAAGUUACCUGAAUACCCAAGUAAAGAAAUACUUAAGGACAGACUUCUUGUGGCACUACAUUGUGGCAGCUAUGGUUACACAAUGGCAUAAUGAAGUCUGGAAAACUCAUCUGACUACUGAUGCACAAUUCCAAGUGGCAGAAGUAAUUUAGGAAACUGUCAACAGAAAGCAGCCUAAAUGCAGCCUAUAGGCAGGGCUGAUGUUUAAAAUUCAUAAAGGAUCAGGUUUCUUUCUUUCUUUCUUCAUAUUUUUCCUUUUUUUCCUCUCUUUUUUCCUUUUAUGUUUUCUCAGUUUGUGAUACAAUUAGAAAAAAUAAAAAUCACAGUUAGACUUCAUUUUAAAAAAUGGUAAUUAAAAAUGGCAGAAACUGUCCUUCUUCAUAUUUUCUUAAAUUUGUCCAAGAUUGUGUCAUGGUAAAAAUCUUAUUCUACAUUCCACUACUGCUAUGUAACUGUCUUGUUAAAAGGAUUUUCUCCUGACCUUUCUAUGUAUUAAAUUACAUGAGAACAUCCAUCCUUGUAUGUUCUAUUGCAUGUAAAGCACCGUUUAUAUUUUAGAAAACUAUUGUAUAGAAUGGAUUGAUUUAGGUUGUGUAUAAAGCCA